CGAUGCUUAAAACGCUGGUUUUGCUUCUAUCAGAGAUUUUUGGGGGCAACGGAGAUAUUUGUUUUUAGGGCUUUUUUUUCUUUUCAUCGUCGUCUCAGAUCCUGCUAAAGGAAAUAACUUUUGCUCUAGAUUCUUCACUCUCAAGUUUUCUCCUUGUUGGUGUCGCCGUCGUUCUCGUUCAACAUUUUCCCGAUCUUCAGUCACCGGCGUUUGUCCCGACUUGGGUUCCGGAGGAUUCACGACCUUUCUCGGGUGGACUUUUCGAUCAGACAGAUAAUUUUGAGAUUAGGUGGUAUAAAAUUUAAAAUUUGUUGGGUGUGUUUUGGUUUGGUUUGGUGAUGAUGAUGAUGUUGACCCGAACUGUUGGGGUCUGAACUAGUAUGGAAGUGAAACUGUAGCAAAUAGAAAAAAGAAGAAGCAGAUAAUGAACCUUUACAUUCGCCGCGAAGCUUCUAAGCUAUGGAAGAGAUUGUGUUCGGAAAUAACGACGGAGAUUGGUCUCCUCGCCGAGAACUGGAAAUACCUUCUUGCUGGUCUUCUCUGUCAGUAUAUUCAUGGUUUAGCUGCUAGGGGAGUUCAUUAUAUUCAUCGGCCAGGACCAACGCUUCAAGAUUCUGGAUUUUUUGUUCUUCCGGAGCUUGGUCAAGAUAAAGGCUACAUAAGUGAAACUGUGUUCACUUGUGUUUUUGUUUCAUUUUUCCUGUGGACUUUUCAUCCUUUCAUCGUGAAAAGCAAGAAGAUAUACACUGUGUUGAUAUGGUGCAGGGUUCUCGCCUUCUUAGUUGCUUGUCAGUUUCUCCGUAUUAUAACAUUCUAUUCGACUCAGCUUCCUGGUCCUAACUAUCACUGUCGAGAGGGUUCUGAGCUUGCCAGGUUGCCACGGCCACAUAGUGUGCUUGAGGUGCUCUUGCUUAACUUUCCUCGCGGGGUGAUAUACGGAUGUGGAGACCUGAUUUUCUCUUCGCACAUGAUAUUCACACUAGUCUUUGUCCGCACUUAUCAGAGAUACGGUUCUAAAAGGUUCAUAAAGCUGUUAGGUUGGGUCAUUGCCAUUUUGCAAAGCCUCUUGAUUAUUGCAUCCCGUAAGCAUUACACAGUUGAUGUGGUUGUUGCCUGGUAUACUGUGAACUUGGUUGUCUUCUUCCUGGAAAGCAAAUUACCAGAAUUGCCUGAUCGAACAAUGGUGUUGCUUCCUGUGAUCACGAAAGACAGAACCAAAGAAGAGAACCACAAACUCUUGAAUGGGAACGGUGUUGAUCCUGCAGAUUGGAGGCCGAGAGCUCAAGCGAAUGGCAAAGACAGCAAUGGGGGUCACACUGACAACACUACCAAUGGCGCAUGAGAGCUCAGCUCCAGUAUAGUUUUCUAGUUGUUGAUCAUUUGUAAAUUUGAUUAUAUGACUAAGUUGAUCAAGGAAAGAGCACGAAUGCAGUUUGUAUAUCCUCACUUCCUUGCUUCUAAAGUAAUCUGAUGUGUGUUAGGGAUCUUACACUAAUGAUAAAUGAUGAAAAUAUAACCAAAACGCCAAUGGUAACCAUUUUUUUUU